AUGAACAUCUUCAGGCUUCUAGCGGAUUUUUCCCAUCUCUCGUCCAUCUUCAUCCUUUUACAUAAGAUGAAGUCUUCGAGCAGUUGCUCUGGACUGUCGUUCAAGUCGCAGGCAUUGUAUUUGAUGGUGUUCGUAACGCGCUACCUCGAUCUCUUCUGGGCAUUCACCGAUUCUCUCUACAACACAACGUUCAAGAUCCUGUUCAUUGGCUCGUCGGCCUACAUCAUCUACCUAAUGCUGAACGACUACAAGCCAACUCAUGAUCCCAACCUGGACACUUUCAAAGUCCAAUAUCUUCUAGCCUUCAGUGCCUUCCUAGCUAUCGCGUUCCCGCAUGACUACAGAGUUUCUGAGAUCCUCUGGACGUUCUCAAUCUGGCUCGAGUCUAUCGCUAUCCUACCCCAGCUGUUUAUGCUCCAGCGUACCGGGGAGGCGGAUACUAUCACGACUCAUUAUCUCUUUGCCCUAGGCUUAUAUCGAGCGCUUUACAUCCCUAAUUGGAUCUACCGGUAUUUCGCUGAGCAGUACUUCCAACCUAUUCCCGUAAUUGCGGGGAUUAUCCAAACGCUCUUGUAUUCGGACUUCUUUUAUAUCUAUUACAACAAGGUUAUGAAAGGUAAAAAGUUCUCGUUGCCCGUUUGA